AUGUGGCGAUCCAGCAUCCGACGAUUUUCCCGGCUGGGCGCACACGGCGCGCACCAUGGUGAUGGUCUGAAUGAAAUACAUCACACCCCGGCGCUUUUGCGGGGCAGCGUGCCAUUGCACCAAGGAUCCAGGCCUCGACACGUUGCAGCCCCGCUCUCCUUGCGAUUUGAGGUCACACGCAGAGGGAGGGCGCAGAAAGACUGCACGUUUAUUUGGACGCACGGACUUACGAGUUCGGUUGAAAGCGAAAGCGAAGGCGGUUGGCCUUUCGGCGGUGUUCCAGAGCUUUCAGAUGUAAUGCCAGUUGUCCGCUACGAUGCCCGCGGCCAUGGUAAAUCCGAUGCCUCGGAUGCGUGCACCUGGCAGGCCAUGGGCUCUGACUUGCGCACCAUGCAUGAGACUAUGCUACCGAGUCGACCGGUCGUUCUGGGCGGCACGAGCAUGGGCUCUGCGGCGAGUUUAUACGCAGCCUUGGAGGCUCCGGAGAAGGUUGCUGCAUUGAUUAUCGCCACACCACCGACAUGUUACGAAACGAGACGAAAGUUUGUCCCGCUUUACGAGCAGAGUCUCCAACUCGCGCAGGGGCAAGGUUUGAAAGCAGCCAAGAAGGCGGCUGCAAGCAAGGCCCGCCCACCGAUUUUCCUUGAGACGGACGCAGGAAGAGCUUCCUUCGACAUCGGUUGGCGAGCUAAGUUUGCAAUGGGCCAGCGCCGAUACUGCGCGGCCCUCCGUGGUGCUAUCGACUCGGAUUUGCCGCCGCCAUCCGAAUUGAAGCGAUUGACGAUGCCGGUCCUGGUUCUGGCGUGGAAGUCUGACGCGCAGCAUCCGCUGGAAUCUGCGGACUUGCUUUGCGAUCUGCUGCCUCAGGCACAGUCGCAGGUGGCUUCGUGCUGGGCAGAUGUCGAGAAGUUUCCGGAGUACAUGCGCCAGUUUCUGCAAAGCCUCCCCUAG